AUGGAGAAAACCGUUGACCCACGACCUCUUCUUAAAUCUGUAUCGGAAGGCGGAUGUCCUGAUGAUUACCGUGACGAGAGUGUCCAAGCAGAACAAACCCCCGGGUCUGCAAAGAAAAGAAAGAGAGCUGUCCUGACAACCUGUGAGCUAUGCCGCCAACGGAAAGUUAGAUGCGACCGCGGUGAACCCAGUUGCGGCUGGUGCACCCGUAAUGGCCGCGAGUGCGUCUACAGAGACAAAAUGCCACCCACGUUUCGGGUCUUGCACAUCCGUGAGCUCGAGUUGAAGGUCAAUACGCUAGAAGCCAUGUUAGAUAUGCUGGGACGUCGGCUGGAGCUCCACAUAUCCGAGCAUGAAACUGCAUGGGGCUCUCGACAACCUCCUCCCCCAGAUCAGGUGGUAGCAGAUCAGCAAGGAUUUGCCACUGCCUCCGAGCCCCGUCGCUCAGAUCUCAGUGAGACCUUGUCACAGGACCCGACGGCCAGUAUAGUUGAAGCAGCGUCGGAGAGAGUGCAGCGUUCUCGUCCUUCGGCAUUGAUUUCAGUUCAGCCUUUGGUUAAUGUGAAUGCAAUGGAGGGUGCAAGCGAGCCCGCGUCUUCUGAUAUGAUAGAAUCAAGCUUGGAAGGAGUACGUGAGACUAUGUCUGAGCUGCAUUUGCCCUCGCGGGAUACUCUAUAUGUGAUUGUAGACCUGUUCUUCAAACAUGUUAAUCCUUGGUGUCCCAUUCUUGAGCGGGCAGCAACGGUUGAGAAAGUUUUUAGAGCUCCCGUAUGCGAUGAAGCCGACCUUGUCCUCCUGUAUGCAAUUGUCCGUGUAACCUUGAAGUUCUACAAGAACCCGGGUUUAACACAUAGUUGGCGCGAGACAUUCCCUGCUAUCUCGAAACAGAAGAUUUUGCUCUAUGCGUUCGAACACACAAGUAUCAGCGCACUUCAAGCUCUGACGAUUCUGGCGCUGGACUUGCUUGGCAUGUCAUAUGGUCCUCAGAGCUGUACUCUAUUGAGCAUGAUAGUAAGAAAUGUGAUGCAGCUCGGGCUUGGGGUGGAAACUACAGUAGCUCUUGGGCAGCCAAGUCAUGAAUCACCGGGCACGUUGCACCAAUUUAUGCUGCCUCCAUCAACCCCAUGGGUUGAGAAUGAAGGACGCAGACGUCUGUUUUGGAUGACCUUCAUCUUGGAUCGAUAUGCUUGUGUCGAUAUGGGAUCCGACUUUAUCCUCGAUAUACAGCAGACAGACCGGCAGUUGCCGUGCAGAACCUUGGUAGCUUCUCCUACCACUGCGAAGUCCUACGGAUCCUCAACCGUAUCCACAAAUUCCUGCGCACUCCCAUUGAUAUUGGCUGCUCUGUUUGAUGUGGAUAAUUGGCAAGCUACGUUUCGCGAUCUGGACCGAGAGCUUGACAGGUGGCUGUACAAUCUACCGGAUGACUACGGCCGCAUUUCUCAACUUUGCCAUUCAAGUCCAACCAGCAGGAUAUCUAACUGGAUCAUGCUGCACGCAGCUUUUAUAACUUGUGUUUUACGGCUGCACACUUGCGCUGCCUAUCCUACAAUUCGCUCACAGAUAUUCUUUCCCUCGUUUGCUGCGAUGCAGAGGUGCCUUGCCGCAGUCGAGAGUUUACGAGAAAUUGUGCAGGAUGUUGUUAAUACCGGCAUGCUGGAUCUCCUGGGUCCUCAUUUUGCCCUCUCACUUUGGGUGUCGGCGAGAGUAUUGGUGGUAGAUGCCUCUGUUUCAAAUACCGACGUUAAUUCAAUAGUUUGGUUUUUCAUCUCCACCCUUGAUAAAAUGGGACAGCAUUGGGGAAUGGCUAAGAAAUAUGCCAAAGUACUAGAGAAUAUUUUAGAAGAAGCCCAAGAAGCGAAACGUGUCGCGGCUAUGAUCCAAGAUACAGCUAGCAGCUCUCAAUCGCCUCCGUUAUCGGCGCCGAAAUCCCUUGCGGAAAUGCGAGUAAGCGCCUACGAACUAAGCAUUAUCUUAUUUCAACGCUAUUCAUCAGGAGUUCAUCCGCCAUCCGUCAAAACCGUCACACCCAGCGAACUUGAAUACUAUGAAGUCUUUGACUUUUUCAAUUACCCCCGCCCACCCGUGCCGGUCGCACACCAGGCAUCCUCGCUUACCACCAACACCGGCUUAGAGCCACCAGCAAGUAACGGUGCCGAGGGCUGGACGCGAGUGAAAACCCACAUUGUGUCUACAACUUUCACAUACCUUCGUUCGGAUUCCGAAUUUCAGUCGCCGCGGGGCUAA